GAACUACCAUUUGUAUACCGGGGUAUUCGGAAUACCGGGUAUUGGCAUACCUUAGUUGCACCAUUCUUCUUCAGCACCACUCACAUUACCCCAAUAUUUCAAGUUCACUGUCCCACUGUGUUUUUGUUUGUUAAUUUACCACGAUGCUUCCCGCAAGUGCAGUUUUUCAUUUCCCCUGGGAGGUAAACUCUGGAUCAGUGCAGGAAGGAGAGUCAGUGAGAACAUUUGGCAGACUUGUCUGCUAUCAGCCAGAGGAGUCCAGAGCUACACUGUCAGCCCAGUAUGCUUCAAAAGAGCACCAUGUGGUUGUCCACACAUUGUUUGUGGAGCCUUUUAACCCAAUAAUUGGAGCUCAGUACAUAGUACUGGGUGAAACAGAAAAUGCAGAGGGGGUUGGUGUGAUGGUCCGUGCCCGUGUGCUGAACUGUGUUGAUGGUGUAAACAUUGCCCUUCUACAGAAAGCCAUCAAUGAGCAAAGAAGCUUCUUCAGGGAGAGGGAGUGUAAGCAGGGUGGAGCUGCUCGGCCUGCAGAUGCAAUCUGAUCAGGGUCUUCAUUCAUCAAGGUUCCCAGGGUGCUUGUUUACUGUCAGGGCCACAGCAACGGCUCAUAAGCUGGAGUGCUGUUAUGUGAGCUCCAGUGAACUGUAAGACUGUUUGUUUGGUUAAGUGUUACAGCCAUGAGUUUAGUUUUAUCAGUUUAUAAGUCGAUCUUGUCAAUGUCUGGCCUUAACAGCCUUAACAACCUUUAUUAGGGGUUACAAGUACCCAAAUGAAUGGACUGGUACAUCAUGUCUGGCUAAUGAAGAACCAAGCACAUGUUUUGGGUCUGUAACUUAUGAAUCCGAUGCAUUUUUUAGUCAUAUCCCUUGGUGUUCAGGCAUAAUAACAGUAGUUGUUCUGUGCUGCUUUUUAUAUGGUGAAAGUUACCAGUCUUAACAUUCUUGAUGUAACUUUAUGGUCUGAUAUAAUUCACAAAUACUUUAAAAAUGUGUUACAAUAGAUAUGCCAUGUCAUGUAUUAUAGAUAAAAACCAAACUAUGUAGAUAUAUUCUACUGACAUUAAAAUGGCAAAGAUUUAAAAUUGUAUGCAAAAAAAUAAAUGCAAAACACAGGUAUAGUCUGGUCCACUAUAUAGACUAGGACUUGCACUAUGAAUCCAUAUUAUAACAAUAUUAAUUUUUUUUUUAAAUCAAUGGGUUAAUGUAAAAAUAAAGCCGUAUAUGCAUGUGUUGUCAUC